AUGUCUCCCAACCAGGUAAAUAUUCAAGUCUUUACCGACUUUGAUGGUACACUGUCUCUUGAAGAUACCGGUGUAUUGAUCAUUGAUGAUCCUCGCUGUAUGGGAAGUGAAGAAAGAAAGGAGUUGGAGCGUCAAAUCAUGGACCAUGAAACACCUUACAGAGAUGCUGUCUACAAAAUGUGGGCCUCUUGUACAUUGACCUGGGAAGAAGCUUGGAACGAUCAUUUGAGCAAGUGCAGCGUUGAUCCUGGCUUUCCUGGAUUUUACGACUAUUGCAAAAAACACACUAUCCCGGUUACUGUGGUCAGCAGUGGCAUGAAGCCAUUGAUCUACAAGGUGCUUGUCAAGUACAUGGGCGAAUUGGCUGAUGAACUCAACAUUGUGGCUAAUAACGGCAGAAUUGAAGACAGAGAAUGGGAGAUCCUCUACAUUGACGAUACUCCUUAUGGCAAUGACAAGUCUAAAACUCUAGAAAAGGCUCGAGCCAAUGCCUCCAAGGAUACCAUUUUUGUUUUCUGCGGUGAUGGCGUGUCUGACAUUUCUGCUGCCAGACAUGCGGAUGUCCUGUUUGCUAGAAACGGCAGAGAUCUUGUCACCUACUGCGACCGCCAUCACAUCCCCUACAUUGGAUUUGACACUUUUGAACAAGUCGAGAAGGUAGUCGCUGAUUUAGCUCAAGGCAGAUCAAAGAUUCAAAAGGACGAGACGACUGGAUUCUCUCAAGUGGUACCUUCAUCAUAG